AUGAUGCAGAAUCAAGGCUUCAAGCCCAAAACGAGACGCCUAUCUCCGAUACCGAACUCACAUUGGCACAUCCUUACCCAUCCCGCGGCAUCCACGGAGGAUGUGCGGCAGACUGAGACAGUCCCCAAGGACAUAGUUCACCAUAUACUGGGGGAUUUCGGAAUAUGGCAGCUUCGUGGCGUUCUCAUCAUUCUGUUAUGCAAAAUACCCAUUGCAUGGUUCAUGGCCAAUAUUCUGUUCACAGCCCCGGAAAUUUAUCCUCGAAAGGAGUUUAGCUGCGAUGCCAGAGCGUAUGGCGUGAAUAGCAGCAUUAGUGGGGAUCAGUGUUUUGUUUUAGUCUCCCAUCCUGGCCGCAACUACGUCAUGCAUCAUUGCCAUAAAUUUCAAUAUGCUCAGUCCUUCCACUCCCUCCUCAUGGAGUUCGAUCUCGCCUGUCUGGGAGACAUCUUUGUAGCCUGGUCCCAGUAUUGGCAUCUCUUUGGCUUACUCGUCGGUGGCAUUGCGUCCACUAAACUCCUGCGAGUGCUCAGUCCGCGCACUGUCUAUGGCCUGGGCGUUGGUUCUUUGAUCGCAUUGGGUCUAAUCAUGGCCUAUUUGAUACAGGAUUUUAGUCAGCAUUGCGCCCUCCGUUGUCUCUCCGGCGUCUGCUGUGCGUUAAUGGGAGCUGCUGGACGAAUUGUUGUUGGCGACAUUAUAGCUGGGCGGCAUCGCUUAAUCGCUCUGCUGCUCUACGAUAGUUACUGCUCAUUGGCUCUGUUGCUGUUGCCUGCAAUGGCCUCCUUGGCUUCCAAUUGGCGUCAAGUUUAUCUUUAUAUCACCCUGCCUCUAUUUGUGUUACUUAUUCUGUUGCCAUACACGCCCGAGUCGCCGAGGUGGCUGUUGCAGCACUCCAGAUAUCCGGAGACACUGGAGCAGGUCGGCAAUCUGGUGUUGCAGGCCGCGCACGUUAAUGAUCGUUGCUUUAAGAUACCCGCCGAUUUUCAUGAGCAACUCCAUCAGUUGCAAGCACAUUUGCAACUCGCUGAUCCGCCACCGGGUUGGCUGAGCCUGUGGCAAGGGAGGGGCGCCAAGCUGCAGACAUUUGCGGCACACGUGGCACUCGCCAUGUUCUUCAUAAGUCACAUGGGUCUGUUGUUAAAUAUACGCGCCUUUGGACGGAAGAAUAUGACGGCAAAUAUGCUAGCCAUAGGUCUUUCCGAGCUACUGGGCUGUGUUUUGGCCUUAAAUCUGAGCUUUAAGCGCAGCUCCCACAAAUGGAAAUGGGCCGGCGGCUUAAGCAUUUUGGCCGGCUGCCUGGGCUGCCUGUGUUGGCUGAAUGCGCAUCUGCCAGCACCUUAUGUCCAACUCUCUUGGCUGCUGCUCUCAUCCCUGCCCACAAUUGCAGUUUCUUCGGCCCAGGCAAUGCUUUUGGGUAGUCUGGAGGAGCUGGUGCCUUCAAAACUGGGCGCUACUUUUGAGUUCUCACUGAUCACAUGGUCGCGUCUCUGGAUGCUCUCUGCCGCUUUUCUUACGCUGCUCAGGCAAUGGCAUGUGGCAGUGCCUCUCAGCAUUUUCUGUACUCUACUCAUUGUGGGUGGCAUCUGCACGUGUUUUUUGGUGACGCGGCCUCGGGAGGAGCGGCAGGUGAAACAAUUGACUGGGCAGCGCGCUGGCAGUGACUGCUAUAGCUCCGAUACACACAUAUAA